AAAAAGUCCUUUGGAAACCAGGCAGCACCAGGGUCUGCCCGCCGGAGACCUGCGUGGGGGAGGACGCCAGUGCCAUGCUGGAGGCCCCUGGACGGUCUGUGCGCGUAGCAGAGCACGAUGCCUUUCCUGCACGGCUUCCGCAGGAUCAUCUUCGAGUAUCAGCCCCUGGUAGACGAGAUCUUGGGGUUGCUGGUGAUACAGGAUGCGGAAAGGCAGAGCGCCCUUGAGAGCCCUGCCUGUCUGGGCAGCGACAGGAGCCAGCUCUCAGCCGUGAGACGAGUCUUGGAAAGGGAGACCCACUCCCCGUUUUAUCAGGAAGGCGUGAGCUAUGCCCUGCUGAAGGUCACCGAGCUGGGGCUCGUCCCUGCCGCGGAAAUCCUCCUGGAGUUCGGAGCUGACCUCAGCUUUGAAGAUCCAGUCACCUACUACACCCCCCUGCACAUCGCAGUGCUCCGCAACCAGCCGGAUAUGGUGGAGCUCCUGGUGCGCCACGGGGCUGACAUCAACCGCAGAGACCGGAUCCAUGAGAGCAGUCCCCUCGAUCUGGCCAGCGAGGAGCCCGAGCGGUUGCCGUGCCUCCAGCGGCUGCUUCAGCUGGGGGCCUACGUCAACGCAGCUGACAAAAACGGAAAGACAGCGCUGUUGCACGCCCUGGCCAGCAGUGACGGUGUCCAGAUUCACAACACCGAGAGCAUCCGUCUCCUGUUGGAAGGAGGUGCAGAUGUCAGAGCCACCACCAAAGAAGGUGACACUGUCUUCACCUACGUCAUCUUCCUGCUGGGAGAGAUGGUGUGCAGCAACGCUGAGGAGGCACAGGUGACCAAUCGCUUCUGCUUUCGUGUCACACAGCUGCUGCUGGCCCACGGUGCCAACCCCAGCGAGUGCCCGGCCCCCGAGUCCCUCACCCACCUCUGCUUCAAAAGCUUCAAACGCCACUUCCCGCUGCUGCGGUUCUUGCUGGAGUCAGGUGCUGCCUACAACUGUUCCCUCCACGGUCCCUCCUGCUGGUCAGGCUUCCACAUCGUCUUUGAGUGCCUCUGCUCGCACCUUAGUGUCUCCGAAGAUGACAGCUUCUCUACAGACCUCAUCCAGAAGGGUCAGACUCUGCUGGAGCUCAUGAUGGCCAGUUCACAAGCCAUCCAGCUGCCCAGCAACUUUGAGGUCAACACCAGCAGCUGUAGGUACCAUGGGGAGAAGAUCAGGACUCUCUUCUGCUCUCUGAAGCAGCUGGAGCGCUCCCCACAGGCACUGAAACAUCUCUGCAGGGUGUUUAUCCGGCAGCGCCUUAAACCGUGGCCAGUAGAUGUCAAAAUCAAGGCUCUUCCUCUUCCAGACAGGCUGAAGUGGUACCUCCUCAUUGACCACACUGCUGCCGGGCACGAGGACCUCUGAGCCUAACUAAUGCCUCUCCGUCUCCCUCCCUCCACGGUCGUGGUGUGCCUACAGCCACUAAAUCUCUGCUCUGAGCCAGUUUUCUCCGCAAGAGGUGGACUGUCCACACGCUGUCCACGCGCCCACAGCUUGGCCAGCGCUGCCCACGGUGUCCGUCUCUGCUGCAUUUUUGGGGGGUGUGCUUUUCUGAGCAUGACGCUGCACGUACGUCUGUGGAGGCCUUGUUGCUCUGGGGUGCGUGGUGGGGAGGGGGGCAGAGCCCCAUGGUCCCUGGGGGUGAAGAGAACCCCUGGGCAUCAGGGAGCCGGAUACUGGGGCAGAGGGCUGGCUUGUGUGGAUUUUAAGAAAAGGAUUUUUAAGAAAAGGCCUGGUGGGCAGGACCGGUGGGGCGGCUGGGGUGGUGUGACUGGACAGGCAGCCCUGUCCCCUCUCUUUCCAGCCCUGCCGGGUCCGGGGUGGGUGAAGCAGUGCCUUAGGCGAGCGGCGGAGUCGUCAGAUGCUUCGGGGUGCUGGGAGAAGAGGUGUUCCCCGUGCCAGGAGCGUGCUGGCAUCUGUGUCCUGGUUUCCUGCCUUCGGUCCCGCUGGUGGGAGCGGCCGUGGUGGAGGCAGGUCCGGCAUCUCCGCAUGGGUGUGGAUGCCUUCCUCGCUCACGCAGUCUUCUGAAACCAGGAGCGUGACGGGGGGUGAGGGCAAGCGGGGCUGGCAGCGGUGGCCGGCUGCUCGGCACCCUCUGAGUUUCUGCUGGGAGCACCCUGUCCUCCCGGCACAGAGGACCAUCCGCCAAGGACAUCUCGGAGGUGCUGGGCUCCAAAACAGAUAAAUGGAUGUUUCUUGGCUUCGUGGUGUGUUCCCUGUGCAAGGAUGAGGAACAGGCGGCUAACUGCCGAGUGCCUUGUGCCUCCCUCCCCGUUCCUUGGCUCUUUCCCUUGCUGACUGCUCCCAGGACCUUGGUCUCCAGUGCCUCCUUCCCAGCAACGAGAAAUUGCAGCAGGACUUGGUUUUCUUUCCAACCCGCUACUGGAACCUGCAAACUGUGGGGCUGCACACGGAGGUCCCAUGUCCCAGCCUUGCCACAGCUGUCUGGCUCCCCCUUCUAGGCAUCUGCUUCCUCGUGACAUGCCAAAGACUGGCCGCAGAGCUGAGCCCCCCACAUUUUUGUUGUUUGUUUUUUGUUUGUCGUGGGGGACAGAUGCAGAAGAGGAUGAAAAGAGGAAAAAAAAAAAAAAUCUAUUCUGAGCAGGUACCAUUUAUAGCAGGUGGAUCUGGGAUCCACGGGCGGUUUGGCUGCAGAAGGGUUGUCUCCCCCCCGUUGCCCUCCUGGCAGCAUCUGUGUUUUACCUUCUCCCACCCCGUGGAACUGGAGCUGUGCAUCUUGAUGAAUUGAUGUUUAAAAAAAAAAUAAUCAUGAUGUGAUCAAAUGCUCCCUUGGUGUCUGGAAUGGGAAAUAAGCAAUUAAACGAGGCCUUUUGUA